AUGGGGGCUGCAGCUCAGAUUCAUAUCAGGAAGCAGCAUAACCGACCUGAUAUUGACAGUGAAACAAGACUUAAGAAGAAGCCAGAGUUUGCCAAAGGAUUCGGAAUGACAACACCAGCAACUGUAGGAGGAAAAAUAUUUCUGAUAUUCUAUGGCCUUGUUGGAUGCGCAGGCACAAUAUUGUUCUUCAAUCUUUUCCUGGAGCGUCUGAUUACAGUUCUGGCAUAUAUACUCAAAUCCUGCUAUGAGCGACAGCUCAGAAGGAAAGCCAUGCCUAGUAACAUCAAGCGAUGCUCUGGGAUCUCAGCAGAAGUUGACAGCUUAGCAGGAUGGAAGCCUUCAGUGUACUAUGUCAUGCUCAUCUUAUGUAUUGCAUCUGUCAUUAUUUCUUGUUGUGCAUCGGCCAUGUAUACCCCAGUCGAAGGUUGGAAUUACUUUGACUCCCUUUACUUUUGUUUUGUAGCCUUCAGCACUAUCGGUUUUGGUGAUUUGGUCAGCAGCCAGCGUGCAAACUAUGAAAAUCAAGAGAUUUAUAGAUUUGGUAAUUUUAUCUUCAUCCUCAUGGGAGUUUGUUGCAUUUAUUCCUUAUUUAAUGUCAUAUCCAUAGUCAUAAAACAACUUUUAAACUGGAUAUUACAAAAGCUGGAGUGUAAGUGCUGUUAUAGAUGCCAAAGAAAAAUGUUUAGAGCCAGGAGGAAUGCUGUUAUGCCAGGUAAUAUUCGAAACAAAAGAAAUAUUUCCAUUGAGACAGACGGAGUAAAUGAAAGUGAGACAGAUGGACGCCGCAUGUCUGGAGAGAUGAUCUCAAUGAGAGAUUUCUUGGCAUCCAACAAAGUUUCAUUGGCUAUUAUGCAGAAACAGUUGUCAGAGACUGCUAAUGGUUGCCCGAGGCAAAUGGGCAACAGCUCAAGGCAUAAUGGCUUCUCUGAGGGAGUUGGGGCUUUAGCAAUUAUGAAUAACAGACUCGCUGAAACAAGUGUUGACAGAUAGCAGAAAGAUGCAGUAAAAUUAAAAUAAU